CCCCAAUUGAUUGAUUCUCUUGGUUAUUUGUUCCUGUUUUCAGAAAAAUGUUCAGACCGGUGUUUAAUCUUUUGCACAGAAAGCAUGUUAGGGUUUCGAAUUUUGGUUGUGGCCCGAAAUAUAUGAAGUGUGCCCAAAAUUCAAUUUCGUUGAUUAGGUCUUUCUGUGAGUCCGCAAAAAAUUGUGAGUGAUCAACAACGAUCUCUUACAUGUUCUUACUUGAUAAAUUCCUGCGGUCUGCCCCCGGCAGCUGCUACAGCUAUAUCAGAAAAGGUAUGCCUGUUCAUGUUCUUGUUACUAUCUGUUCUAGAAACCCUACAAUUCUGACGGCCGGUCUUAACAAACGCAUCAUCUCUCUCUAUCAAUUUUUGAGGAAUAUGUUGCAGAGUGAUGAGAAAGUCAUGCGUGCGUUCAUUUCUCUGAAGUCUGAACAUAUUAUAUAACAGUUGUUCCAUACGUAGAAUUAUUGCUAGUGUAGAUAUUCUGAGAAAGUAUGGAGUGAGUGACACUAAUAUAUCACAGCAUUGGUUUUAUAUGGUCCCUACAUUUUGGCUAGGAGAAGUGAUGAACUUACUAAGGUAGUUGAACGGGUUAUUGACUUAGGAUACGAUAUCUCGAAACAUAUAUUUGUCAUUGCAGUGAAAGCUAUUGAUACUACAAGCGAGUCAGCUUGGAAAGCAGGGAAGAAGCUUACCGCAAAUGGGGUUGGUCUGACUCCGACAUUCAUACUGCCUUUUCACUUGAUCCUCACUGCUUACUCACAGGGACUUCCAAAGCAGCUUUCAAUGGUGUGCGGGAGUUCAUGGACAGCUCUAUUGUUGCUCAUUGGUUCGCAUACAUGCACCAACCAUUGUCUGCCGCCGGGUUUUGCCAUGUUGCCGGAAAGGUCAUACCUUUGAUCCACUUGCCUUCUGCAUUAAUCUGCAAUGGCGAAGAGGAGAUCAUCGACAAGAAUCCCAGACAAGGAGAGAUAUGAGUACACCUGUAUGUGGGGCUUGUCUGCUAUUCUCAAAUCAUGUCAUCUUCUUACCCCCACUCCUCCUAAGCUCAUCUCCAAUGGCGACAGUUCCAGAAGAUUCGACCACCUUAAUCAAGAAUGUCGAGAUGAUAGAAGUGAACCGGGUUUAGUUGGAGUUACUGCAAGUGCAAGAAAUGGUGGGAAUCUCAUUCAAGAAGAUGAACAUGGAACUAGAAACAGUAUAAAUUCCGAGGUUGUUGAUUGUCUUGUAAAAGGUCACAAGAGAGCCAGGAAGAACACCCGAAUGGCUCGUCGAUUGUCUCCCCCUCAAUUGAGCACUGCUGACACUUUAUCCGAUUUACUCUCCGACUAUUUUCAGACAAGAACAAAUCGUGGGAAAUAUAAUGAGAUCGAUCGGAUCAGUAUGCACCAAGUUCAAAUCAAAGCCAAAGCCAUAGCUGAUCAGAUGUUUAUCGACAGCCUUAUUCGAAAACAAGGCAAGAAUUCAGGGGCUAAUUAUGUGUUGAAUUCAGACAAGGAUCUGUUCAUGGAUCUCUGGUCUGAUUCGAGCACUCUGCUGUCGAGCCACUGCAAGAACACUAGCCAUUUGCAGUCGGUGAAAGAAGCUUUCGAGCCAUUAGGUAGGAAGACAAUGAAGCCUGGCAGCCAUUUCACAAAGCGUUCGGAAAGUGUAACCUGUCAUUGCUCGCCAGUCUUGUCUAAUCCAAUGAUGUCUGAUGCUCGCCGGAAAUCCUUUUCUAUUGGCGCGAUAAAGAAAAGAUUGAAACAUACAUUCGGAGGCUUUACUAAAAGAGAAAUUACUUCUCAUGAUUCUAUCGUGGAUAAGGCAAUGAGUAAUUCCGAUUCCUCCAAAACAAAAAGACACUUACAGAAGAAACAAGCAGUGGUUGUUGCGUCCGAUGCUGUCCGCAAGAAACUAGAUUUCUCAAUGAAACAGGAAUUCGAUGAGGUGAAAAGGCAUCUUUCCAAAAGAUUGGAAAAUGUAAGAGAAGUUGAGGCUAUGAAUCGAGAAAAAUCUUUUAGAACAUUGAAGGGAAUUCUUGCCUCGCCCGAGCAUGACUUGAGCCAGUAUUGUUCAUGUUCUGCACAGAUGAGAUUUAGUCCUUACAGCAAUUCUCUAAUAAUAAAUGGAAGAAGAAAAGGUUGCUCGAGUCUGUCAUCGAAAGCCAUUGUACAAAGAUUUGAUGGGACAAAGAUAUCUCCUCGGCAUCGAAGCAAGAAAGGAGAAGGCCGUGGAACCAAUGUUUUCACAGCAGACAGUAACAACUUUGGUCUGGUCAUUACACUUCCUUCUGUGAAUUCAUUCGCCGAAGUUUCAAAUCAAAUUAACACCACUGAUAUUGCAGGGACUAUAGAGAUAAAAGAGUCAAUUAAGUUAGGCCGUGACGAUGAAAAUAAUUCACUCUCAGAGGAUGAAGUGUCUGCAUCAAUGGUGGAUGAUCUUCCAUCUACUCCUUCGAGUGUCGGACAGACAGAAGUGGCCGAAAGCAAUAAGUUUCAAGAACAUCAGAGCCCGGUAUCUGUGCUCGAGCCAUUGUUCCGAGAGGAUGCCAAUAGUCCUGAUCGCGCUGCUAUCAUUCGAAUUGAACCAUUUGCAGCUCUGCAGCUCCACCUCGACUACGAAGAAAGCUCAUCAAAGUCGAGCCCACAUGAGGUAUCGAAAAAGACAAGUUCCUGCAUCGAAGAGCUAGACCAUCAUCAACUCUCCGAGUUUGUGCAUUCGGUGUUGAAAGCUUCGUCUUUGAAUUGGGAUAGGCUAUCAGAAACCAGGUGUGGAUCGGGAGAGCUGCUUCAUUACGAUCAAGAACGGUUUCUGUCUGGUGAUUGUCAUUUUGAUACUAAGCUUCUGUUCGAUCUUACAAACGAAGUUCUGCUAUCGUUGCACCGGUCCAGUUUCCGAUUUCCUAUCCGGCAAGGAUGUGUAAUACAGAAAUUCUCGUCUUUCUCACUUGAAGAACUUGUGAUUGAUAAGAUCAUGGCGGAAGCCGCUCUCUAUCUUCUUCCUUGGACCGAGAAAAGAACAGUGGACGAUGUAGUGUCAAAAGAUGUGAGCUUUGGAUCAUGGCUGGAUUUUAGCCUCGGCACCGAGCAAAUCACAGCUGACAUUUCAGAGGACUUCCUUGAAGAAUGCAUACUGGAAAUUGUAUUAGAAUCCCUGGCAUGAAAAACAUAUGUAAACCACCAUGGGAAUGUAAUUUCAUUUGAUUCGAAGCUGUUAAAUCGCCAUAAGAAUACACCAACAUGACUUUUAUACACAAUAAUUUCUGACCAUACAAUUGACGGGUUUGGUCGAAAUAUCGAGUGGUUUAUG